CUAGAGUUUAGCUGUAAAUACGUAUUUCUAUAUGAUUUUCUCCGAAUCCAGAACAUCUUCUGUGUAAAUAAUAUCUCCAUAUUAUGCUGUUUACCGAAAUGGAACUACAAAUCCCAGGGUGCUGUGUGGUAAAUUUGCAAUCCUCCGCUAAUCUUAUCAUCGCUGGUUUUUGAGUUCCAGGAUCAGAGCCGAGUGACUAUCACUCAGAGUCAUAUGUGCAUAUAGCUAUCAGUACGGUAGAGCCCUGUACGUGAUAUCCGCGAGGCGCUAAACAUUCGGGUGGACAGGGAACACAACAACAAUUAACAUGGAUUUAAAUGCCAUAAUAGAAAACAUGGAAACGGGUGAUCAAGAUGCCGCAUUGAUGGCACUGCAGACGUACAAUAAAAAGAUGACCCAGUGCUUCACAUUUACCACAGAUGAAGAGGAGCAGAGAGAGGAUGGGAAGUUACAAGAGAGGUUAGGAGAGCUAGUGCUGGGCUUCCUGGAGCGAGACCUCCAACCGUCCUGCCAGCUUGCCUGUCUGGAGACUAUCCGCAUCCUGUCACGUGACAAGAACAACGUGGCACCCUUCAUCACGCACACCGCCAUGCAGACCCUCAGCCGGCACGCUGGCAUCGCAAUCUCCCACGGCAACGUGGACUGCGAGGGCGGCGUGGUCCUCGUCCCUUUCGCUGAGAACCCGGACCUGGAGAUUAUCGUAGAGGCGCUGAAGAGCAUCUGCAACAUCUGCUUGCACAACAAGGUGGCUGUGCAGGUGGGCCAGGAUUUGCAGCUGAUUGUUGGCAUCGCGGAGCGUCUCAAGCAGUGUGGCGAGGACCAGUGGAACCACUACGUAAGGUUCUUUGACCUGCGCCUCAUGUUCCUUCUCACCGCCCAGCGUGUGGCGAUGCGAACCCAGCUGUUGAGGGAGUUGCGGGGGGUCAGUCUGCUGUCCAACCACCUGGAUGCUACAUUGGGGCUGUGUUGGCCUGAUACCUUCGAGGUGGGGCGGGCCGGGGUGGAGGUUGAUCCGGACUCUGAGGAACCGGCUGAACUGCCCCCACUCAGCCGGGAGAAGAUCGAGAGAGCCAUGGAGAUCCUCAAGAUCCUCUUCAAUAUCACCUACGAUGCCAACCGCCGGGAGGUGGACGAGGAGGAGGCAGCGGCGUUCAGACACCUGGGAGCCAUCCUUAGACACUGUCUGAUGAGCAGCGCUGACGCACAGGACGACACAGAGGAGUUUCACAGUCAUUCACUGAACCUACUGGGGAACCUCCCUCUGUCCUGUCUGGAUGUGCUGCUGAUGCCCAAGGUUCAGCAGGGCUCAAUAGAAUACAUGGGGGUCAACAUGGAUGCCGUCAACAUGCUCCUGGAGUACAUGGAGAAGAGGCUAGACAGGGGCAAGAAACUGAAGGAGACCAUGCUCCCCUCUCUUAACCUGCUGACUGAGAGCGCCCGCAUCCACAGGGAGACCAGGAAGUUCCUCAGGAUGAAGGUACUCCCUCCUCUGCGGGACGUGAAGAAUCUACCAGAAGUGGGGAACGCCCUUCGCAACAAGCUUGUUCGCCUGAUGACCAACAUUGACACUGAUGUCAAGAACUGUGCAGCAGAGUUCCUAUUCGUCCUGUGCAAAGAAAGUGUGUCCAGGUUCAUUAAGUACACAGGCUAUGGCAAUGCAGCAGGUCUCCUGGCCGCCCGGGGGCUUCUGCGAGGGGGGGGAAACCCAGGCGUCUACUCUGAGGAUGAGGACAGUGACACAGAAGAGUACCGUGAGGCCAAAUCUCAAAUUAACCCUGUGACAGGCAGAGUGGAGGAUGAGCAGCCCAACCCCAUGGAGGGAAUGACAGAGGAACAGAAGGAGCUGGAGGCCAUGAAGCUGGUCAACAUGUUUGAUAAGCUCUCCAGGUCCAAUAUUAUCCAGCCAAUGAUGCUGGGGAUUGAUGGUUCGAUGACACAGAUGAAUUCUGGCGACCUGCGACGAAUGAGAGACCAGAUACCACAGGGACAACAACUACACCUACAAACACAACUACGUCUAGAACCACAACAACAAGAACAACAACAAGAACAUAAAAAAGAACAACAAGAUCAACAACAACAGCAAGGCUCAGGCAGCGAGGACGAGGGGGAGGUAGAAUGAAUAUAAUGGACUGUCACCUGUUGUGUAACCGUCACAGGCUCUGAAGCUUAUCGGUGCAGGCAGAAUCAUCAUCUGAUGUAAGACAAUGACUGUGUACUAAAAUAGCUACAGUGUUUGAGUAGCAUGUGAAAUGUUAACUACCUUUCUUAAGUAUAUAGUAAUGUUCUGGGUUGUGAUUAACUUCCAUCCGUGUGUUUAGGUAUGUUUUCUGCCUUUUGUAGGUGAAAUACUUUACAUAUCGGACUCCUUUCACAUUAAAUGUUGUUUCAAGACUUUAAUCUUCUUUACGUUCUCAAAAGACAGAAUGAAACUGUGUGAUGAGUUUCCCUUUAUUUGUCCCUGGUUUUGUUUGCGUUGUUCUUAUACUGAGCAAAUUAUAUUAAAGUUAUUUAUAGAAUUAAAUUAUGAAUCCAUUAAUACUGUUUCAGUAGUUGCAUUGUUCUAAAUUAGUGAACAGAGAGCAUCAAAAUGAAGUAUAAUAUUUGAUUAUAUUAUGAGGUGUUUUUCAUGUUAUGUGACCUGAUGUGUUGGGGGAUGGGUGAUCUUGAUAUGGUGUGCCACUAUGCUAUCUCAGUUAUGUGCACAUUUCAGUUCAGAAUGGGAAUGAGAAAACAAUCUGUUGAUUUUAGGUGGUUUCAUGGCAAUUUAAAGGUUUGAUGAAAAUAAUCCACUUAUAUAUUUACCCUAAUUUAUAUUGUAUACCAACUCUAAUGUGAGGUUCAGUAAAAAUGUUUCAAAAACAUUCUCUUGAAUUGGCAUCUUUUAUAAAUAAAUAUUAUUGGCAUUUUA